GCUCUUUCAAUCCAUUUUCAUGGCUUCUCAAAGCUGUAACCAACAUAACGUGGAAGCACUUGGAGAAGAGUUGGAGAACCUAAAGAAACAGAAUGAAGUGCUUAGGUUCCUGUUUGAAGCAGUGAGCAACCAGUGCAUCAUCCUCCAAGCCCAUUUACAGGAACUGAGUUAUACUAGAGGAAACAUGAGCUUGGUUCAGCAUCUUGAUUCCUACAAUAAUGACUCAAACAAGAGACCAAGAACUGAGGUUUCCAUGUCUAAGCCUUCCCAAAUCUUUGUCAAGACAAACCCUAAGGACAAGAGUCUAAUUGUUAAUGAUGGAUUUCAAUGGAGAAAAUAUGGGCAGAAAGUUACCAAAGAUAACUCGUCCCCUCGAGCUUAUUACAGAUGUUCCAUGGCUCCCUUUGGAUGUCCAGUUAAAAAGAAGGUUCAGAGAUCCAUGGAGGAUAAGUCGUUUCUUGUCGCAACAUACGAAGGAGAACACAAUCAUGGUGUUCAAUAUUGCUUACGGGGAAAAUCUUUGUCACCUCCGGUAAUGGAUGAUAAUCCAUUCAGACUGCCAAGGACAAAGGGAAAGGCCUUGGACCUUAAUCUCUCAGGGGCCGAGGUUGAAAAUAGGAGCAAUGGCGGUGAGAACAGAAUGUUGGACCAUGUUACAUCCCUAGCAAAAGAUCCUAACUUUAUCAUAGCCAUAGCUGCUGCGGUUGCGAGGUCGAUCACUGAACAAUCUAAACCACCAUUGCUGCAAACCGAAAGAGAACCGUAAUUGAAGACAGUUGUAGUUUCUGUUGUGCACAAGAUAAUUUUGCAUGUAACAGGGAUCAUUGUUUUGCAAA